AUGGUGAUUUAUAAAUGUUCGACCAACUAACUAAACAAUGAACACAUUCAACCGCAAACACCAGCUUCUAUAGAUCAUCAAAAUGGGUCUCAUCAUCAUGGUCAUGGUGAUGGGCAUCCUAGUGGCAUCAUCACCGUCCCAUCAAACAGAUGUCCUCACUCCUCUUUGCAUCAGUGAAUGCUCUACGUGUCCCACCAUUUGCUCUCCUCCUCCCUCCAAGCCAUCUCCCUCCACGUCACCACCUCCAUCUCCCUCAUUGCCGUCAUCCUCUCCGCUACCGCAACCACCUCCAUCUCCCUCAUUGCCGUCAUCCUCUCCUCCACCGCCUCCUCGCAAACACUCUCCACCAGCGGUUUCACCUCCACCGUUAAUCACAGUCAUCCAACCGCCACCACCAAGAUUUGACUAUUUUCAGUCCACACCGCCACCUCCACCACUUGCUUCCGAUGUAAAAGGCUCGCCACCAUCACCUCCGUCGCCAAAGGGACAGCCACGGGGGCAGCAGGAUCCGAACCCAUAUCCUUAUUUCUAUUUCUACACGGCAUCAAAUGCCACUUCUCUCUUUUCUUCUUCCUUCUUGACUUCUCUUUUCUAUUUCCUCUAUCUUUUUUCCUUAACUCUUCGUUAAAAAGACCCCCAUAAUGUCAAGUAUACUACUUAUAUACUAUUGUUUAUACAUUUUUUGGUGUACUAUAUGAUUGCUUUUUCAUCAAAUGCGAUAUCGUCUAUUAUUUUACGCAGAUUACAUCGUGACAAA